AUGAGCUUCAUCACUAUCUCGGACCCUGAAUCGGUUGCUUGGAGGCCAAAGGAGCAGCCGUGCUGCGUGAAAAGCGAGGAAUCGAGCAUAUCGGGCGGGCAGCUUUCAGAUGGGAGUGAAACGACUCAUUCCACCGACAGCAGCGUUGAAGAGGCUCUCGACGAUAGCAUUGCUUUCAACUUGCUAUCCCAGGCGCUACGUCAGAGCGCGGAUCCUACAGGAGCAGUUUCUUGGGAUGCAUCUACGCCUCAUUCCGUCAACGACCACGUCGACAAGAGAAUCUACCAAACGCCCGUUUCGAAAGCUGCCAAGGCCACAGGAGAUAGCGUGGUGGUGCCCUAUGCCGUCAACAUCACGCCGAGCUCUCCUGCCGGGGGCUUGCCAGCAAGCCACUCGUACCAGUCCGUGUCCACGCUGAUGAGUCCCGCUUCGGCCGAAAGGCCUGGCGGUCUGUAUUCCGGAAGCGGCGCUGCUUUCACGCUGACGGAGCCGCGAAACUACGCGCCUCGGACGUCCGGCAUGCCGGUCGCGCUGCUGAGCGAGCCGCCGCCAAGGUUUGACCUGAGCGUGGCGCUGGGCACGCAGCCCCUGCAGCCUGCCGUGGGCAACGGCGGCGGCAAUGCCAGCCGAGCUGUCGCCGGCAGCACGGUGGUGCCGUUCGUCUCCCACAGCCACUCGCCCUCGGCUGGUGAGGUUUUCGCCUUGCGGUCUGAUCACCUCAACCGGCUGACGGGGGUCCCGGCCGGGCUGCCCACGCUCCAGACUGCCUUGCAGCCGGGGAACUUUCCCUUUCUGGAGGGCGCAAGACAGGCUGCGGCUGUCAACUACGGCGUCGUGAAGCUGAAGAAUAUUCCAUUUGCUACGAAACGGGCCGAAGUCAUUGCUUUCCUGGGGAGAAACUCAAAGAUAUUAAACGACGCUGACGAGCCUGUGCACAUCAUCAUGGAGCGAGUCACCAGCAAGACCAUGGAUGCUUAUGUGGAGUUUGUGACCUUGGACGAGGCUAACAAGGCAGUCGAGAAGCACCACCAGCAUUCUCUAAGCGGCCGGGUCAGCAGGCUUGGCGACCGCCCGGUCGAGGUGGAGCUUUCCAACCAGGAAAGCCUCAUGAGAGAUCUGUUCCCUCUUGCCAGAGGGGUCGUGUGGAACGGAGUGACUCCCCACUUCGAACCGUUCAAGCCAUACGAGCCCUGGGGCAACUUCAAGGGCUUCGUGUCGGAGGAAGAGAUGGUGAUGCUCGUCAAGCACGUCGAGGUCCCUCACCGCUCGCCCUUCUCCAGAGACUGCCCACAGAGACCAUACGAAUGCCUGAUCAGCACGCUGAAGAAGUUCCCGUGGUACGCCACGGACCGCAUCACCAUCAGCCAGAGGCGGGCCAUCUUCCGGGCGACCUGCGAGCUGGCCCGCCUGCUGACCCGCAGCAUCCAGAAGCAGGAUGACCCAAUCAACCUGACGGUUCAGCUCCGCCGGCGGCUGCUGAACACGGCCAUGAAGUGUCCUGGCUUCACGCCCCUGAUGAAGGACGACCUUGCUUACAUGGCGGACCUGUCCGAGAUGGAGGAGCGCCAGUUCAACCAGCCACGCUUUGCGAGCUGCUGGCGCCACCAGUACGGCAUUGCCCCCAAGCCAGGCAUGCCACUUGAUGUUGUCGAGUGGUACAUUGCCGUGAUCCGCGAGCAGACUCAGCGGGACGUGACGGCGCGGCACCACGCCGAGCGCAACUGCCUGCAGGAGAAGAGUGCCGAGACGGACAUGUACUGGGGGUACUUUUGGGCCGAGCUUGGCUAUGCCUUUGGCGCUGGCUUUGACCAGAUGACGCUGUCGCAGGCUGCCGACGCGGAAUUUACCGCCAUCGAGCGGAUCCUGGCGCGGGCGCUGCCGAGCGAGUAA